UCUCCAGUCGGCUUCGCUCUUGCGCACUCCGCUCCAUCAGCUGUCUCCCUCCCGGGUCUGUCUAUCUCUCUCUUUCUUCCUCUCUUUCCCUCCACGCACGGACCCCACUUUUACCGGAGUCUUCCCCCUCUCCACGCACGGACACACCAGGAUGGGCUCGAGGAGGUGUAGCCCGGGUUUGGAGCACAUUUUCGGCUGCGUCCUGCUGCUCCUGCUCGGUCCCGUGGCUGCGCAGUGGCCAGAGGACAGUGGCGUCACUCUGCUGCAGCUGAUCGGAGACCCUCCUCCCGACGAAAUCUCGCGGGAGUUCGGCCCGGACAACACGCCCGGAUACGUGUUUGGGCCCAACGCUAACACGGGACAGCUGGCACGCGCGCACUUGCCCAGUCCGUUCCACCGUAACUUCGCCCUCCUCUUCCACGUCAAACCCACCACGGACCGUGCGGGGGUGGUCUUCUCCGUCAUCGAUACCCAACAAAGGCUCGUGUAUCUGGGCGUCAAACUGUCUGAAGUCCAGGGCAACAACCAGGAGGUGAUCCUGUUCUACUCGGAGCCGGGAGCAGAGCGGAGCGUCGAGGCGGCCCGGUUCCCCGUCCCGUCUCUGAAGAACGUGUGGACGCGCUUCGCCGUGGCCGUGGACGAGGACAGAGUCAAGUUUUACCUGAACUGUGACCUGGAGCCUCAGGUGAUCCGCAUGGAGAGGAGCCCGGAUCUGAUGGAACUGGAGCCCGGAGCCGGAGUGUUUGUGGGACAGGCCGGAGGAGCCGACAAGGACAAGUUUGUGGGUGUGAUCAGUGAACUGCGGAUCGUGGGAGACCCCAGAGCAGCAGAGAGACAGUGUGAGGAGGACGAGGACGACUCUGAUAUGGCGUCUGGAGAGGGAAGCGGCUACGGCUCAACGAGAAGAGACGGAAAAGUGCCAUUUAUGACGCCGCCUCCUCCAAUAAGAGAACCCCCAGUGACCAGACCCUACGACCCCGAGACGGCCAGAGGGACAGUGAUCUCUGAGAGCCGUGAGGGCGGGGUGGUGGAGUCUGGCCCCGGGGCCCCAGGACCCGCGGGACCCAGAGGAGACAAGGGUGACCGAGGGGAGCGAGGGCAGAAGGGCGACAGGGGACCCCAGGGACCCAAGGGCGAGUUCGGGUCGAGCGGCGGCAGAGGAGGGUCCCGCGGAGAGAAGGGUGAGCCCGGAGAAAAGGGAACCAAGGGCAGUGCCGGGUUUGGGUACCAGGGCUCUAAAGGUGAGCCUGGGCCCGUUGGUCCCCCCGGGCCCCCCGGGCCCCCUGGUCCUCCGGCUGAGUUCUCUCUGAACCGUGAUGGGAGUGUGGUCUCCACUGUGCCCGGCCCCAGAGGCCCCUCCGGGCCCCCGGGAGCCCCAGGACCCGAGGGAGCAGCCGGAGAGGACGGAGAGCCGGGAGAUCCUGGUGAAGACGGAAAAACUGGCCCCGAAGGACCUCGAGGAUUCCCAGGGACCCCCGGAGACCCCGGCCUCAAAGGAGAGAAGGGCGACCGUGGAGAGGGUCAGCCCGGACCCAGGGGCCCCCCAGGGCUCCCCGGCCCCCCCGGCCCCGGCCAAAGACAGACGUUCGUGGACAUGGAGGGCUCGGGUUUCCCUGAUCAGGAGACGUUCAGGGGGCCCCCUGGCGUCCCUGGCCCCCCCGGUCCUCCCGGUCCCCCCGGCCCCCCCUCCUCCUCCUCUUCCUCCGGCACUGCUCUGAGCUCUGGAGCGUUCGGACCCCCAGGGAGAGACGGGGCCCCCGGUCAACCUGGACUGCCCGGUCUGCCUGGGAAAGACGGAGUCAUCGGACGCCCGGGACUCAAAGGAGAGAAGGGAGACUCUGGAGAUUUGGGACGUCCCGGAGGAGUUGGAGCGAAGGGCGACAGAGGAGAGCCGGGUUUGCCUGGGUCCUCCGGUGAGCCUGGUCUGGCCGGACUUCCAGGACCUAUGGGACCAAUGGGACCCCCCGGCCCCCCCGGACCACCAGGACCAGGCAGGUCCAGAGCUGGAUUUGACGAUAUGGAGGGCUCUGGAGGAUUUGGACUUCCUGGACCGAGAGGACCCGAUGGACCACAGGGCCCACCUGGAUUCCCUGGACUUCCUGGUAAACCAGGCUUCCCCGGAAUCCCAGGAAACAAGGGGUCAGAGGGGGCUCAGGGCAGGGACGGACAGCCCGGUCUGGACGGUUUCCCCGGACCUCAGGGCAUUAAAGGAGAACGAGGAGACAAAGGAGACAGAGGAACUCCAGGCCAAGAUGGGACUGGACUUCCAGGACCCCCAGGACCCCCCGGACCUCCAGGACAGAUCAUCUACACGAGCCCAGACAGUUUGGACCACGGCGCUGGCAGAGUUGGAGCUCAGGGAGGACCUGGUCUGCCCGGUCAGGCUGGAUUCCCUGGCCCAGUUGGACCUAAAGGCGAGCGUGGAGACCCUGGUUUACCUGGAUACGGGCUGAAGGGGGACAAGGGGGAGCCUGGGCUGGUGGUGGGCCCCGACGGAAACCUCCUCAGACUGGAGGGCCUCACGGGACAGAAGGGUGACAGAGGAGCCAUCGGACUCAUUGGGCCUCCUGGUCCUCAAGGUCCUCAGGGAGUUAAAGGAGAAAUCGGGAUGCCAGGUCGACCUGGUCGUCCUGGUGUGAACGGGUACAAAGGAGAGAAGGGAGAACCCGGGACAGGAUCCGGGUCUGGGUUUGGAUAUCCUGGACCCCCAGGCCCCCCUGGACCCCCCGGACCCCCCGGACCCUCUCACCCCUACGACCGCUUCAACCGGUUUGAAGACAACGCCCGGAGUUAUGGAGGUCAGAAAGGGGAAAAAGGAGACCAGGGUGAGCGAGGACCUCCAGGAGCAUCAGGAACUGGAAACUUUGACGUGUUCUCAUAUCUGAAUGACCUGAAGGGGGAGCACGGAGACACUGGACCGAAGGGAGAGAAGGGAGAGCCUGGAGGGUCAUACGAUCCAAACUACAUCCUACAGGGACCACAGGGAAGUCCUGGACAACCUGGACCAGCUGGUCCAAAGGGAGACUCGGUGGUUGGGCCUCCUGGACCUCAAGGCCCUCCUGGACCUCCUGGUGUUGGGUAUGAUGGUCGUCCUGGGUCCCCUGGUCCUCCCGGGCCCCCAGGAAACCCAGGGUCCACAGUUCAUGGAGGAUACCCCCCCCUGACCAUCCCUGGCCCACCCGGUCCCCCCGGUCCACCUGGCUCCCCUGGACACUCCUCUGGGGUGACAGUUCUGAACUCAUUCGACACGAUGAUGGCCACUGCACGCCGUCAGCCCGAAGGAAGUCUCAUCUACAUCCUGGACAGAGCGGACCUGUACCUGCGAGUGCGGGAGGGCAUCCGGCAAGUCCUGCUCGGCGACUAUAAUCCCUUCUUCAGAGAUCUGGAGAACGAGGUCGCCGAGGUGCACCCCCCUCCCGUGGUGAUCUACCCCCAGUCCCCCGUCCACAACCCGGACCAGACCCGGGACCACAGCCAGGACCAGAGCCAGAACAACGGGGCGGGGCAUUACUCCGAGAGCGUCCUCCGGCCCGUCGAGCCCCCCGUGUACAGGCCCCCGGUGGAGCCUGCGUUCCCCCCGCGCUACGACCCGCGCUUCCCCGACACCAGGCUCACUCAGGGCGGACGCACGGACGGCAGCCACACCCCCGACAGGACGGAGAGCCAGUAUCCUUAUCCAGCAGUGACCACCCAGAGGAGACCCCACCCGAACCCACACCCGAACCCACAUCUGGACACUGGAGCUACUGGGUUGCACCUGAUCGCGUUGAACUCUCCUCAGUCUGGGAACAUGAGGGGAAUCCGAGGAGCAGACUUCCAGUGUUUCCAACAGGCCCGAGCCGUGGGCCUCACGGGGACGUUCAGAGCUUUUCUGUCGUCCAAACUUCAGGACCUCUACACCGUCGUGCGCAAGUCCGACCGAGACGGAUACCGAAUCCUCAAUCUGAAGGGUCAAGUUUUGUUUGAAAACUGGGAGUCGAUUUUCGGCGACAACGCAGCAAAACUGAGGGAGAACGUUCCCAUCUACUCCUUCGAUGGACGCGAUAUUCUCAGGGACAGCGCCUGGCCGGAGAAGAUGGUGUGGCACGGCUCCAGCUCUCAGGGCCAACGUCAGACGGAUAACUACUGCGAGACGUGGAGAGCCGGGGACAGAGCCGUGAGCGGUUUGGCGUCCGCUCUGAACUCCGGGCGCCUGCUCCACCAGACGUCCAGCUCCUGUAGCGGGCAGUACAUCGUCCUGUGCGUCGAGAACGCCUUCACCCAACACGGACGCAAAUGAGAGACAGCUGCAGACGCGGAUUUAACUCGCAUUCACCGAACGCGCCGAGAAAUAAGACAAACGGAUCAUUAAAACGACGUAACAAUCCCGGAAAUAUUAUACAAAACUGUUAUUCGACAAUUAAAAAACACACGGAAAUGAGAGACGCCUUCACGGAUAGAAGAGGCUACGAAAAACAUGGAGAGAAAUGAGGUACGGUGUGAAACGGCGAAAGAGCAAAGACGUGAGGGGUUAGAGGGCGCCCCCUGUCUGCGGCUCCGGGGGGAUGAGAUCUUUAAUGUGUGAAAUUAUCCAUGACGUUUACAUUUGAGAAAACAUGAAUAUUGUCAAAGGAAUCUCUAAAAUCUGUAAAAUCUGGUCUAAUUCACUAUUUUCUGUAACUUUUAUUAGAUUUUAAAAAAUUCAGUGAGUUUUUUUUUUUGUUUUUUUUGGCGGGUGACG